AUAGAAAGAGACAAAAGAAAGACAUAGAUAGAUGCAAGAGCGAUGUAUUGAAACAAACAAAAGUGAAAGAUACAACGAGUCUAUGUCAGAGACAACACGCAAGGGCCAUCGGGCUGCGAUACACAGAGCACGGAGAUUCACGGCCUGCAACUUGGAGGCAGGGAGGGAGGUACAUGACAAGGUGACGGAAUAGUGACAGUAUACUGUUGUUUCCCUGUGGUAUCACAUCUUGAACGCAUUAAAAUACUUCAAGGCAGGAAGUGUUCAGCUAGAGAACCAGAAAUAGACAAUGUAGGAAGGCAGUUAGAAGGCAAGGGAUCACGCAAGAAAGAACUUUGCAGUGCAGAGAGGGAGGUUUGUGCGCAAGUAAGGGGAGGGAUGCAGACUGAUAGAGGGCUGGAAAGAGAGUUGGCCAAGAGUGAUGGAGAGGGAGCACGAGUUGGUGUACUUGUCUCUGUUCCACUUUCCAAGUGAUGGCUGCGUGAUUGAAGAGAAUGGUUGAGACAAAAAAAUUGAAUCAAGUUUUUUGAUGUUAUCACUGAUCAAACUUCUCCGUCAC